AUGCCCCAAUCUUCUAAAGACCGCACGGGAAUUUGGUCCUACAUUCCUUUCGGUUCCUCCCCUCGCCGCCGCUCCGUCUCCAACGGUCUUCCCCUGAGAAAUACCGGGGCCACCUCGUCCACUUCCUCCGACCACGCUCCCUGGGAUCCCUUUGAGAAAGCAGAGAGACAAACUGCAGGCUCCGGGCACCCUACAUCUUUCAACCUGGAGUCCCUCAAGCACGCCUGGAUGAACCAGACGCAACAGGCCCGGUAUCUAAAGACCGGCGGCGUCUUGACUUUUAUCGUCCUUCUGUACCUGUUCUUGUCAGGCGGAAAGGGUGGAUCGACCACAAACAUCUACACUCCGGCAGACUCCCCUACUACAAAAUGUACUCAGCCCCACGAUCUCUCCAAGCCUCUGGUGCAAUAUGCCCUCAUGAUCGAUGCAGGGAGCACUGGGAGUAGAAUCCAUGUCUACAAAUUCAACAACUGCGGGCCCACCCCCGAAUUGGAACACGAGGAGUUUAAAAUGACCGAGAAGAAGGAAGGCGGAUCCGGCUUGAGUUCAUACAAGACUGAUGCCGAGGGCGCAGCAAAGAGUCUGGAUCCUUUGAUGGAGGUCGCCCUCAAGACCGUCCCGGACGCCUACAAGUCUUGUUCUCCCGUGGCCGUCAAAGCCACCGCCGGUCUCCGUCUUUUGGGCGACCAGAUGAGUCAGGCCAUCCUCGAGGCGGUUCGAACCCGCCUUGAGACAAAGUACCCGUUCCCCGUGGUUUCUCGAGAAAAGGGAGGUGUCCAGAUCAUGAACGGCGAAGAUGAGGGUGUCUUUGCCUGGAUCACCACAAACUAUUUGUUGGGCAAGAUCGGAGGCCCCGACGAGACCCCUACUGCAGCUGUUUUUGAUCUUGGUGGUGGCUCAACUCAAAUCGUCUUCCAGCCCACUUUUAAGGGGAGCCCGGGCGGAGGGAUGCCCCCCAAGAUGGCCGAGGGUGAUCACAAAUACAAGCUGAAGUUUGGUGGCCGCGAGUUUGAGCUGUACCAGCAUUCUCAUCUGGGCUAUGGUCUCAUGUCCGCCCGCAAGGCCCUCCAUGCCUCUGUCCUCGACCACAUGCACAACCAGAAUCCAAACUCCCAGGCCUGGCUGUCCAAACCCAUCCCCAACCACUGUAUCACCCCAGGUAUUGAGAAAAAGGUCGAAGUCACCAUGCCUGAUGGGCACCCACUCGCCGGUGAGCAUACGGUUCUCAUGCAAGGCCCCAUCGACGCCAUUCCCGCUCAAUGUCGCGCUCUUGCCGAAGGCAUCCUGAACAAGGAUAAGGCCUGUGGCCUGGCUCCUUGCUCUUUCAACGGUAUUCAUCAGCCAUCCCUGGAAAAGACUUUUGCACGCGAGGAUGUCUAUAUUUUCUCCUACUUUUAUGACCGCACCUUCGAGUUGGGCAUGCCUGAGUCGUUCACACUCCGUGAGCUACAGGAUCUGACGAACAAGGUCUGUGGUGGUGAGGAGAAAUGGACCGCCUUUGCAGGGAUUGAGGGCGCCCUGGCCGAGCUCCAUGAUCGACCAGAGUGGUGUCUGGAUCUCAACUUCAUGAAUGCUCUCCUCCAUACUGGUUACGAGAUGCCCAUCGAUCGUGAGGUUAAGAUCGCCAAGAAAAUUAAGGGCAAUGAGCUGGGCUGGUGUUUGGGUGCCAGUCUACCCCUACUGGAAAAGGAGAGUGGUUGGGAGUGCCGCAUCAAGCAGGUUUCAUGA